AAUGCAACUUGAAUAAACGAAGAGAGAGGAAAGAUCACAGUGAUUUGCACGGUGCCGACUACUAGCUAGAAGAAAAAGAAGGCUGCGCCAUCAUGGCUCUUACGGUGUUGGCGCUUUUGGCUCUUUUCUCCGCCGCCUCCGCCCAACAGGGGCAGAUUUGCAGCGCCAAACUGGACCUGAUGCUGGUCCUGGACGGGUCCGGCUCUGUGGGCGACGCCGACUUCACCAAGACCCUGCAGUUCGCCGAGAACGUCGUGAACGCUUUCGACAUCGGACCGGACCUCACCAGGGUCGGAGUCGUGCAGUAUUCCGACACACCCGCCAUGGAGUUUAAUUUGGGCGCCCACGGCGACAAGGCGUCCACGAUAGCCGCGGUGAACAGCAUCCAGUACCAGGGCGGCGGCACGGCCACCGGAGCGGCUCUGGAGUACACUCGCGCCAACGCCAACUGGAGGGGCGCGCCCGUGCCUAAGGUGAUCAUCGUGGUGACGGACGGCAAGUCCGGGGACGACGUGACGGCUGCCGCCCAGGCGCUGGCCGGGGAGGGCGUCACCGUGUACGCCAUCGGCGUCGGCAACUACGACCUGCCCGAGCUGCAGCAGAUCGCCAACGGAAACACCAACAACGUCGUGGAGCUGGCCGACUACAACGCGCUCACGGCAACCAUCGACCAGAUCGCCGGGCAGGUUUGCAUAGACAUCGACGAGUGCGCGUCCGCACCUUGUCAGAACGGCGGUGUGUGCGUCAACGGCAACAACCAGUACACCUGCCAGUGUCCGGCCGGGUUCACAGGCACCAACUGUCAAAACAUGGUGACCACCCCCAAGCCCACGUGCACCGCCCCGCUGGAUCUGUUCUUCGUCCUGGACGGUUCCGGAAGUGUGACCAGCGCCAACUUCGACCUGAUGAAGGGCUUCACCAAGAACGUGGUCAACGCCUUCGACAUCAGCGCAACCGCCACAAGGGUCGGCGUGGUGCAGUACUCCGACCGCAACACUGAGUGGGUGGACAAGAAACAUGCCCACGUGCACGCCCCGCUGGAUCUGUUCUUCGUGCUGGACGGUUCCGGAAGUGUGACCAGCGCCAACUUCGACCUGAUGAAGGGCUUCACCAAGAACGUGGUCAACGCCUUCGACAUCAGCGCAACCGCCACAAGGGUCGGCGUGGUGCAGUACUCCGACCGUAACACCCUGGAGUUCAACCUCGGAGACCACGGUGACAAGCCCUCCACCCUGGCCGCCAUCGACGGCAUCGUGUAUCAGGGCGGCGGCACGUCCACCGGGUCCGCGCUGGAGUUCUCCCGCGUCAACGCUGCAUGGAGGGGAGGCAGUGUUCCUAAGGUGAUGAUCGUUGUGACGGACGGCAAGUCCACCGACUCCGUGACGGCCCCGGCCAACGCCCUGGCGUCUGGCGGCGUGGACGUGUACGCGAUCGGCGUGGGGAACUACGACGCCGCCGAGCUCCUGGCCAUCGCCGCCCAGGACCAGAACAAGGUCAUCGAGCUGCAAGACUUCAACGCCCUGCAGGCCGAGAUCGAGCAGAUCGCACAGACCGUCUGCGUAGGUGAGUUGUCGAACACCGUGAGCCUGUGCGGGAACAGCCCCGGCUGGCCCGACAUCAGCCUCUGCUCCGAGGGCUACGUGCUCGCCGCAUGCCCCGAGUUCUGCGGCACCUGCGCCUGCCCCACCAACCCCGAGUGUAAGAACGGUGGAAGCCGCGGUGACGAUCCCAACCUCUGGGGAGAGGACACCUGCGACUGUGUCUGUCAAGGCUCAUGGACGGGACCCACCUGUGAAGUCUGUUCCCUGGCCUGCGCCAACGGAGGUAUUGUGGACCCCAACACCUGCACAUGCCACUGUGCCGACGGCUGGGAUGGCCCGACUUGCUCAGACGUGUGCGCGGAUUCCAGCACCCUGUGCGGAGCGAACCCCGGCUGGCCCACCGUAGACUCCUGCUCAGUGGACUAUGUACAGGCCGCCUGCCACGCUUUCUGUGGUGUCUGCACCCAACUGACCGUGAACCCAGUGAUCGACCCUGCCAACCCCGACUGUAACGUGCCUGUGGACCUGGUGUUCGUGGUGGACGGGUCCGGCAGCGUCGGCGCCUCCGAGUUCGAGAAAGUCAAGACCUUCAUGAAGAACGUCGUGUCGCAGUUUCCCAUCAGCGCAACGGAUACUAAGGUUGGAGUGAUCCAGUACAGUUCCACGGUACAGGAGGAGUUCUCGCUGAACGCGCACUACACCAAGGCCGCGGUGCUGAACGCCAUCGACAACAUCGUGUACAUGGGCGGCGGCACGCUGACGGGGGCCGCCAUAACCUACAUGAAGGACUUCAGCCAGUUCAGACCCAACGUCCAGAAAAUCGCCAUCGUGGUCACCGACGGGCAGUCCAGCGACGACGUGGCGGCCCCGUCCCAGGCAGCUCAGAACCUGGGCAUCACCAUGUACGCCAUCGGAGUGGGCGGGAACGUGGACCAGGCCGAGCUGAACCAGAUCGCCAGCACCUCGCAGUACGUCACCACCGUGGCCGACUUCGACGCCCUGGACGCCCAGAUGGACGCGAUCACCGCCACCGUCUGCACCCAUGCGACUGACCAGUGUGAGCUGCCCGUGCUUCAGUACCAGACGUGCGUGCAGAACGCCCUGUCUACCUGUUACUCCCAGACAGCACGCGAGGUCAGCAGGAGCAGGAGGAGCGCCGACGUGCCCAUCACCCUCCGUCGCCCAGCCGAGAUCCGUGUGAUGGUGAGCAGCCAGGGCCUGCUUGCCGUCGUGGGUGUGACCGUGGGGGUCAUCUUCCUGGCCGCCAUGAUGUUCACCUUCAAGAUGAAGCAGCUCACCAAGUCCAAGGUCAACGGCAGUGCCUAGUGUGUCAUCACGUCACCCAGUUUCAUACAUGAUCUAAUGUGACCUUCUACAACAACUGGUGAUAGAAUAAACACCAAUUUUCCAGAGAUUACGAUCACCCAGUCGAACUGAGAAUAAAUUCCAGUACCCCCUUGGAAAUCAACACUAUGCUGUAUGAGGUUACCCUCACAUCGUAAAAUAUUAAAUAAACAUGAAAUGAAUAAUAUUCUGUGUCCGUUUUUGGAUUGUAGCAAGUGUUGUAGUUAUCUACAUUGUUCACAUUGACUCCCCCUGUCUAGUUUGGGGAUGCAAAUUGUACACCAGAUUGUUUUUCUUGAUUGAGAAAAUAAACAACCCAGUCUUGAAAAAGACA